CAGUGCGCAUGCUCAGUGUAGUAGCCGGUUAUGGCGGCGGUGUGUGUUUGUACAUGAGGUGGGGGGACGCCUGCUAUUCUUGCGGUCUGUGACGGAGCCAUCCGAGCGAAGCGCUGCCAUGGCUGGUGUGUUUGACAUUGAUUUGGACCAGCCGGAGGAAAAUGUCUCCGACGAUGAGAACGAGGAGGUUCAAAUCACUGAUAUCAUGGACCAGUGCAGCGGAUUUGAGUUCAACAUGGACGACUGUGAGAAGAUUGAGAUUUCGGAGGACAACGUCAAUCAGGGGACGGAGAACAUCCGACCUGAGUGCUUUGAGCUGCUGCGGGUCCUGGGGAAAGGUGGUUACGGAAAGGUGUUUCAAGUCCGAAAAGUUGUCGGAGCUGCAUCGGGCAAAAUAUUUGCCAUGAAAGUUUUAAAAAAGGCCAUGAUUGUACGCAACGCCAAGGACACGGCCCACACGAAGGCCGAGAGGAACAUCCUGGAGGAGGUGAAGCAUCCCUUCAUAGUCGACCUCAUCUACGCCUUCCAGACAGGAGGGAAGCUGUAUCUCAUCCUGGAGUACCUGAGCGGAGGAGAGCUCUUCAUGCAGCUAGAGCGGGAGGGCAUCUUCAUGGAGGACACAGCGUGUUUCUACCUGGCAGAGAUCUCCAUGGCUCUGGGCCACCUGCACCAGAAGGGCAUAAUCUACAGAGACCUGAAGCCUGAGAACAUCAUGCUCAACAACCAUGGGCAUGUGAAGCUGACCGACUUCGGGCUGUGUAAAGAGUCGAUUCACGACGGCACAGUGACCCACACCUUCUGCGGGACCAUCGAGUACAUGGCUCCGGAGAUCCUGAUGAGGAGCGGACACAACCGAGCGGUGGACUGGUGGAGUCUGGGCGCUCUGAUGUACGACAUGCUCACAGGGGCGCCACCAUUUACCGGUGAAAACCGCAAGAAGACCAUUGAUAAGAUCCUGAAGUGUAAGCUCAGCCUCCCACCCUACCUCACACAAGAAGCAAGAGAUCUCCUGAAACGGUUGUUGAAGAGGAACGCCUCCUCGCGGCUGGGAGCGGCAGCGGGGGACGCCGCAGAGGUGCAGGCGCAUCCCUUCUUCAAGCAGAUCAACUGGGAGGAUUUACUGGCUCGGAAAGUGGAGCCCCCCUUCAAACCCUCCCUGCAAUCGGCUGAAGACGUGAGUCAGUUCGACUCCAAGUUCACCAGUCAGACGCCGGUCGACAGCCCGGACGACUCGACGCUCAGUGAAAGUGCCAAUCAGGCCUUCCUGGGUUUCACAUACGUCGCUCCGUCGGUCCUGGAAAACAUCAAAGAAAGGUUUGCGUUUGAGCCAAAGAUCCGCUCCCCUCGGCGCAUCAUGGGAAGCCCUAGAACACCUCUCAGCCCGGUCAAGUUCUCAAGCGGGGACUGCUGGGCCCGGAGCCCCCAUGUCCCCGGCGCGGGACCAAGUGUCCUCCAGUCCCCUCAGGACCAGGCCAUGGAGCUGUCCCACCCCGAGCAGAUGGACGUCACGGCGAGCUGCGAGGCCUCGGCGCCUCUCCCCAUCCGCCAGCCCGCCGGGGCCAACGCGGCUCAGGCGAAGCAGCAGGCCUUCCCGAGCCUGGCCAAGCGGCCCGAGCAUCUACGUAUGAACCUAUGACCCGCCGCGCCGCUUUAGGAAACUUUUUUUUUUAAAGAAACAAAGCAAAAAGAAAUGGAUGCCAGAGACGAAUCCAAUCCAAAAUUGCACAUCCGCACACUCCACGCGCUGUCGCGACCGGGAGUCUGUGCGCGGGUCUGCGACCAGCCACAGCGGCGCCGCACCGGUUCCCCUCGGACACCUCAGGUCUCGUGACCUCUUCCUUCUGCCACCCCUCCUCCUCUCUGAACUGGACUUGUAGGGCUGGGAACCCGUUGAGGUGCCGCAGGCCUUUUGUGCGACGCGGAAAUCAAAGGCGACAACGUUCGACAACAGUAUGCAAGCUAUUCACUCUCAACAUGCCGUCAGUCUGCUGUACAAGAUGGCGUCCAAAGUGCUUUGUGCUAUUUGAAUGAAAGCCGGUGAGGCUAACUGCUUCCAAUGGGAGAUUUUAAAAGUUCUUCUGACAAAAAAAAUAAAUAAAAAAGGCUUCCUGACUGUGAAUGAAAUGAUAGAUUAGGUUAAUUAUUGAAAAGGAGCAUUGUGAGCAGCGGACCAGAAGAAGUUCUGGUGUUAAUGAAUAGAGCUUCAUGUUGUAAGAUGUGUUACACAAUGAAUGCAUUAACUGUGCUAUACAUCAAUGACGAAUCAAAGAGCCAAAGUUAAACAAGAAAGCGUUGACUUUUUACAUUCUCUCGGCAUUAUAGGCUUUUACUCGAUGUGAACCGUACUUUGGUUAUCUGCUCUUAAGGUGUGCGUCACACAGUAGGAUGAAUCACUGGAUCAACUCGAUCGCCACAAAAAUAUCAAACUGAUCUUGGUGCUGCUUUGCGUGAUACCGCGGGCGUCAGCGCUGAGUGAUGUCAUACUGGAGACCACAGCAGCAGUUGAUCUGGAUCUGCAGUUGUGGGCUUCAAGGCUCAGAAAACAUUUAUAGCCUCUUUCAUCAGCGCACUUGUUUAAGAGGGACAUUUUAGAAAUCCCCAAAAGCAAGAAAAAUUCAAAUAAAAUGAAAAAGACAAUUCAAA